AUCUUCGCAGUGGAAUGGGCACAAACCCUCAUCAUCAUGGACGAUGCUUUCGACAAAUAUGCAUAUAAUUUCGGCGACGUCAACAAGCUUGUCGAACUGCGUAACGCAUGGCUUAGCGGCCCGUUCCUUGGCGGUGUUGUAGGCGCAGCGGUGCAGCUCUUCUAUGCCCGCCAUAUCUGGCUUCUCAGCAAGUCAAGACUAUUGGUGGUAGUGUUC